GGUGUGCUUUAUCCCUUCCUUUUUCAACUCCCGAUCGUCCCACGAAUUCAUCAUCGACCACGACGAGGGUGGGAAAGCAGAGGAGACGCCCGGCUUUUCUUUUCCUGAUUUUGGCUUCCCCUUAUCCCCCCGACCUUGUCGAUUUGCAGCUGUUGCGAGACCUGAAGAUUUAACGGCAUCUUCGACAAAGGCGACUGCGAAUCUGGUCCGAGUCCUGGCACGACUCCGGGCGUCUGCAAGCGCAUACAGGGCGAGCGUGCAAAGCGAGAAAGGGGAAGAAAAAGAAGCAGGAGAGAGAGAGAACGUGGGAGAAGUGAGGAAGAAGAGAGAUGGAUGCAUCACCGGCGACAGAGGCGGCGCCGUCGCCAUCGUGGCGAUGGCUCAGGCAGCGGACAGUGUCCGAGGGGCAACAGAGCUCCGGCUCUUCGCACGUUGCGACGCCAAAUUCUGGCGUGGGUGCCGCGCAAAUCGGGAUGAAGGGCGAGAUCGAUGCCUCGCCUUCGAGCACCCAGCAGACGACGCCCGAGAUUGCAGCGGCGUCGCCUUCGGGCUCGUCUGCUCCCACUUCGCCUUGGUCCAAGGGCCGAUAUCAGAAGGCCAGACCCGCCUCACCUCGCAUCUCAGCCUCCUCUUCCAGUAAAGACGUUCCAAUUCGGCCCGAUCUCCGCCACCGGACAGACUCGUCGGGCUCGGGGAGUAGCGCAAAGGCGAGGAGGGUACUGAUGCCCAACAUUCCGCAGCGAAAGACGUCGUCGGCCUCGGAUACGCAGGGUGGCUUUUUGGCAGAUUCACCCCUCUUAGGCCAAAAAGGAACGGCAUUUGCCGGUGCAGGAGGGGGCAUGUCACCCAGCUCGAGCCAGUCGGACAUCAAGAGCAUUGCACAGGCCAUUGCUGCCAGAGCGAAGCACGUCGCCGCUGCCAAUGCUCGAAAAGCCGCAGGGGCGGAUGUCGCCGACGUUCCCCGUGCCGACGUUGCUCUCCAGGAUCCACGCAGCGUGUCUUCGGCCAGCGCUCGAAGCGAAGAUGCUCUCGGUGUCACCUCGGACAAAUCGGAUGCCAGCACACCCAAGGCUACCAACUUUGAUCAGACGGCCCAGAACCGGGUCAUGUCGGCUUCGAAGGAGGGACCGGAUGGACCACAGGCACAGCGAAAUCACAAGGGACACACCGACUCAUUUGCCUGGGCUGACGGCGACUGGGCCGACUACUCGGAUGUGCUUCGGGAGAACAUUGACUUUGGCGGGCAAGAAGAGACGCUGGUAUCGCCAGCGAGCGGCGUAUUUUCCAACUCGAGCCGGCACAGCAAGAGUGAAACCAUGUCUUCGAUCUCGUCGAGUGGCAGAGACAUGGCUGGGAGCCGAAGACCCAGCGGGAGCGCCUAUAGCCAUGGCACAUCGCAGACCAGCGCACCCGAAGAACUCCCCUACCUCAUUGAAGCACAGCAGAGCGGCCGUCGACAGAGGGACAGCGGAAGCAGCAGUGACGCUACUAGCAGCAAGCGGGAAAGCGCAUCUACCCAAGAUUCGGACGGCAACUCAAAGGCAGGCGACUAUGACGAUGUGCGCCUCGUUACGGCGACAAAGCAGGCCCUCUUCAAGCAGAGCGUUCCUCCACCACGGGACGCCGUGGGAACCAUCAACAUUGGCCUGGGAAUCGGUGGGGCCGAGUUCCCUGCCAUGGGCCAGGUCACCUCUUUGAAUCCUCAAAUUGGCCAGGCUUCGGGAAUCCCAGGCAGCUUGUCGCUCAGAAGCAUUGACAGCUAUGCGACGGCACCCGAGAGUGUCAGCCCUUCGUCCUUCACCACUAGGACCCCCAUGUCGAACCCAGCACUCUCGCCGAGCUCUACGGCCUCGCCCUCGACGCCAUGGUCCACAACUUCAUCUGGCAUCAAGCGUAAGGGCAGGCCGGCCGCCUUGAGCCUCAAUUCUCAUACUGCGGCAAAUACCAGCAGCCCAGGGGCUCCUGGUACGCCCAGUCGAGCCCUGCAGAGUCCAGUCGUUCGAGGAAGAACGCCUCCGCCUACGAAUCCUCCUGACGAGCCACUGCCCCCGCUGCCUCCCACGCCUUCGACUUACAGUAAUGCAGUCAUGAAGAAGACUCCGGCAAAGAACGGGACUUUGCCAAAGGGCAACACCAACGGAAGCGGCGUCGGCCAUGGCCAGAGAAACGAGGAGAGGAGAGGGAGCGAUCCAUGGGCGAGCGGCAGCGAGGGUGGCUUCGGCCACACUCACCAGCCAAGCAAUCAGAGCAACAACAGCGACGCUCGCUCAUCAAACCAGUCGACAAAGUCCUCUGCGAUCGCCAAUGUGGCGAUCUCAAAUGCCGCAAACGGAGCAGGGCCUUCCUCGAUGUCGUCCGACGUCAGCAAAUCGGCGACGGCAGCCGUCGUGGCAGGAAGCCACCUGCAGACAAGAGCAGGCUCUCAGAGAGCACAGGCGAUGCUGUCAACCAUGGCACCCCAGAUGACCUAUGACGAGAAGCGGGCAUCGAUGGCGCUUCUCGAUGGCGACAUGCUUGACUUGGCACGACCGUCAAAGAGUUUCGAAGAGGCAUACGAGCGAUCGGCUCCUUCAGCAGUGACAAGAAAGCAAGUUCCGAGAGAGACGGAAGCCGAACCGUCUUCAUCGAAGAGAGCUGAGGCUUUCAGGGAAGACGACGGAGACGAAGAAGAAAACCUAGAUGACGACGACGACGCGGACGUAGAUGGGGAGGAUGAGGAUGAGGAAGAUGCGGUGUCGGACAGCGAGCCCGAAACAGCGGUUGUCAAAACUCUGACCAGGGUUGGGUCCAUCAGCGGAAGGAGAUCGGCUCAGGUCGUGCCUGUAGCCCGCACCGGCUCAGUAAUCAUGGGCGAGCCAGCUACUGAGAAGGGUGCCUCCUCGCCUCCGUCAUCGUUCACCCCUCAGCAGCGGGGCAUUACGCACUCGGUCAGCAGCCCUCAGCUCCUCGAAAGUCGGCAGGGCCCAACCAAUGAGGUUCUGGCUGGACUCGAAAAGAUGAAGAUCGUCGGACGGGUGCGGGCGAGCAUCGAGAAGCGAUCACCGUCUGGAAGCGAGUUGGCGACGUCCAAGUCCCCUGACGUGGGCUCGGCCACCCCAGACGUCGGCACACGCGCCACCGCUGCUGGGGACAAGCCAAUGACGCUUACGUUGCCCGUGACAGACGCCCCCUCAUCCCCGUCUCCGUCGACCGUGGCCAAGGGCAGUCGGGAGGCAGGUGUUCCAACGCAUCCACCCAGCGCCUGGUCAGGAUUUGGGAGGCGAUCGCCAAAGCCUGGUCACACGCAGAACAAUGCAUCAACCUCGUCGCAAAUCUCGCUUGGUCUAGCACAACAAGCGAAGACUGUCUCGGUUGCAGACGUUGGAGCUCAGCCGCAAGUGGUCGGAGGGGCAGGGCACCGGCUGAGCCAGCAUGGGCAUCAGGGUGUGUGGACACCGAGACAGGCCGAGAGCCCAGAGACGUCGUUCUCGGGCGUCCCGCCCUCUUCUGGUUUACAGACACCUUCCAUCUCUGGCCAUGGCGACGGUCUGUUCCCUGACAGCGCGAGCAGCAAUGGCCAUGUGCUCAAGCGGAGGAGUUCGACAGUUCAGAGCCGGAGGGAGGAGAUGGAUGAGGAGAAGAGGACGGAAUCGAGCUUGAGUGCAUACAGCGAGAGGAUCAAGCGAGCUGAGGGUCGCUUUGCCGGCGCCUUUGGAGAGAUCGCAUUGGCGUUCAAGAAUCUACAGGCCGAAAAGAAGACCUUGGAGCGUGUCAUUCGUGCAACAACUCCUCUCGACGGCGUCAAUGAUAGCGAGGGUCUUCGCCAGUAUCUGUCCACCAUGUCGUACAAGCUGGAGAUGUCUGCCUCGGAAAUUCGCAAGCUGCUCGACCUCCUUGAUCAGCAGAGGAGCGUCAUGGAUUACAUGCUUGAGACUCACCAGCUCGAAAUCGACUCGCACCUCGACGAAAUCGAUGACCUCCAGGACGAGCUCGACAGUAUGACGGCCGAAGCAGAGAUGCACCACGCAAAUGCCACGAAGCUUACGGAGGACGUAGAAAAGGCCUACGCAGAGGGAGUCGCGGCGCGUGCAGAAACCUUGAAGUACAAGACGAUGGUUGCUGAGGAGGAGAGCAAGCGAGAGAAGCUGUCGUCGAGCAUGAAGGCACUGAAAGAUGACCUGGCCAGCGUGCAGGGCAAGGUGCGGUCGGAGGAGGCGCUCCAUGCGACGACAAAGGAAAGACUCCGGGAUAUGGAGGAGCAACACGCAAAAUUCGUUGAUGGCCUUGGCACCGGAGGUGAAGGGGCGGCUGAGAACUUCCACGCGACCAACGUCAAGACGAUGCAGGAUCGCAUUGCCUCGCUCGAGCUGGCGGCUGAGCAGCACGCGACGACGACUGCAGAGAGAGAAAAGGAGGCGAGGGAACAAAACGACGAGUUGCAGGCCGUAAAAAGACAACUGGCCGACGCACACAAGCUUCACGAGGGUCGGCAGCGAGAGGUCUACGAUGAGCUCGAAGAGAGUAGACGAGCUCACGAGGAGACGAAGGGCGAUCUCCACAAACUCUCCAGUAUAAUGUCCUCUUCUCGCGGCUCGUCCCCGUUGGCCACACGCAACGGUGGCGACGCGGCUGGCGACGGAUCCGAGGCGCAGCGAAAGAACUCGUCGGACUCUGACUCGACGCACAUGAUGACGGAUCUGUCCAACAAGCUUGAGGAGUCGGAAAAGGAGAAGGAUGCGCUCCGGGACCAAGUCGUCCAGCAGGAAAAGGACAUUGCCGAACUGCGAGCCAGCGUCGCUCUUCGCGGUACUUCAUCGCAGUCCUCAUCGCCCGAUGUCGGUCAGCCGGGCAGCGGAAUUCCACCUGGUCGUGCCGAUCAAAUCGAGGCGCUGAUGAAACAGCUUUCGCAGCAGCGCGCAAGGGAAGCGCAGAUCAGGACAGCCUACAAGCAGCUCCGCGACGAGCUUCGCAAGAUCAACACAGCCCAGCAGCUCGACCGAAAGCGGGGUCAAGCGUCAUACAGCAUACUCGGUCCUCCCCCAUCGGCCUCGUCGGCUGCUUCGAGCUUGACAAGCACGAGCUCGCGCCCCUUCACCCCAGCAGGCAGCCACGAGCGACUGACUAGCGGUACCAUCACUGGCAAUAGCGAGACAUCGACUAGCAGACACCUCAAGCGGCUCUCGCUGCCCUUGGCCACCUUCCCUGCUGGAGGUGUUCUGCCCAAUCAGCAGCACUCCGCCGAUGCUGGCCUUCCUGGCUCAGCCAGCUCUCUUUCGUCAACGCUUCGACAAAGAGAUUACCAGGACGGGUCUGGAGCAAACAACAGGAUCCUGAACAAGCGAGCCCAUCGGCAUGCUUCGGUGGACCCCACGAACAAUCUCUGGGCCAUGAUGGCUGGUGCAAACACGAAUCCUCAAGUCUCCCCAUCGCUCCUCAAGAGACGGUCGUCGGCCUUUGGAAUUGGGACCUUGCCCUUGUCGAAAGGCGCGCAGCCGGCGACCUCUUCCGCUGUCUCGACGAAUCCUUCAGCUGAGCCACCAUCGUCUGCUGAAGAGCGCAACUCUCAGGAAGCCAACGCCGAGCAAGAUAGCGCUGCCAAUGGUGAUCAAGAGGAAGAAGAGACAGUCGAAUCGCUCGCCUCUCCUCAGAUUAGCGACUUCCCCAAAGCUUCCUCUCAAGAUGAGGAGGCUGGCUAGAUGCGCCUCUUGAUCCGCGGACAAUUUCUCACUCAUGAAUACCUGUCACCAUUAUCUGUAUCAAU